CACGCUGGCGCCAUAAUUCGUACAUCCCUCCUACACUGUUGCAUUUCGCAAAUGCAUAGGCCAAAAUAAAAUAAUAAAAAAACAACAAAAAAAUGCCAACCUAAAUACAUACAUAAAUACAUAAUUUUGUUUGUUGUUGUUGUUGCAUUUCGAUUUCGAUAAAAGACGAAUACAUUUAGGUAGUGACGUCUAACCCCCCGCCGCCCUUUCCGCCCGCCGCCGACGAGCCGAGUUGAGCCGCCCAAAAAAAAGCGCAGAGUGCAGCAAGCAGCAAGCAGAGCAAAGAGGAAAACGCGACGCGGAAAGAAAGUUGAGCGACGCAUGCGAACGCGAACGUGAACGCGAACAGCAGCGCAGCGAAAAUUGCGCCUCGCCGAAAAGUGCAUCAGCAGCAGCAUCGGCAGCAACAGAAGCAGCAGCAGGCACGACAGCGACGUCGAUGACGUUGGCGUCAACAGCCUUGGGACACAGCACAGCAACAGUCGCAGUCACAGUUGGAGGACAGCAACAACAGCAAGAGCUAUCGAUGGCAAGUGGCAGUGCAGCAACAGCAGCAGCAGCAGCUGCUGGACGUCAACAGCGUCCCAGUGAUAGCGAUUUGCGGGAGCUGCGCGAGAUUAAGCAGCUGCUGUGGGGCGAUAAUGUGCGCGAAGAUGUUUUCACGCGUUGGUCUCAAGGCUUUGAAUUUAGUGAUGUGGAGCCGUCAGCUUUGGUGCAAAAACAGGGCGGUCCUUGUGCUGUGAUAGCGCCCGUUCAGGCGUACUUGCUGAAAAGAAUCAUCAUGGACAAGCCAGGCAUCCAGCUGAUCGACCUGCCACGCGAGGAGUGCGAAAGUCUGUUGAUACGUGCGCUGUGCAACAUUCUGAAGAAUUGCCGUGCGCAUCGCUAUAAGAUUGUCACCCUGCACCCUGAUUGUCGUGCAACCAAAGAGCGUCGCCUGACGCCACCAAGCGUCGCCGCAGCCGCUGCCGCCGCCAACACCAACACCUCAAACACAACAACAAACCCGGCUGGCGCUGCUACUGCCGAUGAUGCUACCGUCGAAGCGGCCAUUGAGGCCGAGGAGCAAGCCACUGAAAUGGCAACUGGCAAUGCAAGUGCAACGGGAAUUGAUGCUUCAGCUACAGCUACAGGUACAGCGACAGCAGGAGGAGCAGGAGCCGGAGCAGGAGCCGAAACAGCUGCUGACGGCACAACGUUGGUGAUACGCAUGCAGCUGAAUCUGACGCUAACGCCAGAUGAAUUCCAUGAUGGAUUGCAUACGGUGCACUUUCAUCAUAUCACCGAUGUGGCACGCUUCUACAUGCAGAACUAUAGUCAACUGUCGCACACAUAUGGUGUGCUGCUCUUCAUGUAUUCGGUAUUCCUAACCAAGGGCACGGAACAGGUGAAUGCCGAUAUAUCGGAUACAUCGGAACCGCUGAUACAUAGCACAUACGGUUAUGGCGCUCAAUCGCUGAUCAAUCUAAUGCUGACGGGUCGGGCUGUCGCCCAUGUCUGGGACAAUGAACAGGAUGUCGGUGGACUCAAGUUGCGCGGCAUCUCUGAGCAGAGUGAUAUUGGUUUCAUAACGCUAAUGGAACAGAUGCGCUAUUGCACCGUCGGUUCAUUCUUUAAGAAUCCACGCUAUCCCGUCUGGGUGAUGGCCUCCGAUACGCAUUUAACUGUUUUGUUUAGCAACGAAAAGAGGCUCGUGUCGCCGGAGACACCAUCGGAGACGGGACGACGCGUCUUCAAAUCGUACGAUCCGGAGGGCAAUAAUUUCAUAUCGAGCACCUUGCUGCGUGACGUGUUGGCCACACUGCAUCUGGUCAGCGAGCCGGGCUACGUUAGUCUGAUGCAGAAGCGACUGGAUCCCGAGAAUCUCGGCAUUAUACUCCUCAAUGCUUUUAUGGAUGAAUUCUAUCCGCAGGAGCGUCGGUCCACGCCGGACACAUUCGAGCUGAUGCACUACAACGGCAUACCGGGCUCCAAUGACAACAAUAAGGUGCGUUACUAUUGUGGCUCGGCCAUAUUGCUGGAAGGUGAUCUCAAGUCGAUAUGCACCUCGAAUCCCAUGGUCACUUGUCUGCAGACCAAGUGGCCCAACAUUGAGAUCAAUUGGCAUGAUGCUCACAUGCCUUCGUUGAAUUGACGACCACACUGAAAGAAGAGCAACAACAACAACACAAACAAAACAACAACAGAAACAAAAGUAGGAGGAAGUGAAAGAGAAGCCGAAGAAUACGGUGAAGAGGAAGAAAACAGCUGUGCAGCAAGUGCAAGCAACAACAAUUGGAUGCCAAGCACACUUUUAUUUCAAACACCUUUCAAUUGUUUAUUGAUAAUUUAUUGAGAAAAAAAAACGUUUUAAAAACAACCAAAAAAAUGCAAACGCAAAAAAAAGCAACAAACAAAAAAAAAAUGAACAAGCAACUAACACACACACACACA